CCUGAACUGAAGACUCCUCUUCCUUCUCCAUCAACACGCCGCUGUUGAACUUUACCCAAACCCCAGACCUGAGGCCCAUCACUAUCAGCCGACCGUCUAUCGAUAUGUCCAGCGUAGCAUAGCGAAGUCCAACUCAAGCGGCGAAGAUGGCUCCCAAGCGAAAGGCCACGGCGGCGAACGGGCGAGCCAGCAAACGGCAAGCCUCUGGAGUGAGCACGCCCGCCAGCCGGACUACAGACGACGAUGAGUACGGCUACAGCGAGAGCGAGGACUUUGACGAGAGCGAGCGAGAGACUUCGCAAAAGUACGACCAAGUGGUGAAGAAGUUCCAACCGUCUACGUACACCAAGCAGGUCGCACGGGCAUCUGGAGAUCCUGCUAGCCAUCUCUUCAAAGCAAAGAAGGACUUUUCCAGGGAGCCGCUGAAGCCAGAUCAUCGUCUGCGGCCGUUAUGGAUCGACCAGGAGAAUGGUAGGGUAGUCCUCGAGACUUUCGCCCCCAGCUUCAAGCAGGCGCAGACUUUCCUCAUCAACAUUGCCGAGCCCGUGAGCCGCACCACCAACAUGCACGAGUACACCAUCAACCCGCACAGUCUCUUCGCUGCCGUCUCCGUUGGCCUGACAAAGGAGGACAUCAUCAAGGACCUCGAGCUCUUCUCCAAGACCAAGGUACCGGAGAACAUCAAGCGCUUCGUGGAUGAGGUCACUUCCUCUUUCGGAAAGGUUCGACUGGUGUUGAAGCACAAUCGGUACUUCAUCGAAAGCGGUGAUGCGAAGGUGUUGCAAAACCUGCUUCGAGACGAGGUCAUCAGCAAGUGUAGAGUUGAAGACACCGAAGAUCUCCUCACAGAGAAAGCCGCAAAGCAGGGUGGCUUGAUUAUCCCUGGUACGAAAGAGGCUGCAGGAUUGAAAGAAGCCGCAGCGCAGGCUCAGCGGCCAACGAGGCGAGACCAGGACGAAGACGACUCCGAUGAUGAAUAUGGCGGACGUGAGGCCGAGAAAGAUAUGGCCGACUUUCUUAGAGAGGAGGAAGAUGACGAUGAAGAGGCUGACCAAGUGCACUCAUUCGAGAUUGACGGCGAGAAGAUUCAAGCCGUUCAGGAACGCUGCAACGUGCAUCUCAAUCUACCCUUGACGGAGGAAUACGACUUCCGAGCCGACGACGUAAAUGCGAAUCUUGACAUUGACCUUCGACCAAACGUGCAGAUCCGCUACUACCAGGAACACGCUCUUAGCAAAAUGUUUGGUAAUGGACGAGCUAGGAGUGGCAUCAUCGUGUUACCGUGCGGAGCCGGCAAGACCUUGGUUGGCAUCACGGCUGCUUGCACUGUGAAGAAGAGCGCAAUCAUCCUCUGCACCAGCGCCAUGAGCGUCAUGCAAUGGAAGGAAGAGUUCAAGAAGUGGUCCAACAUCAACCCGGAAGAUGUGGCAGUCUUCACAUCUGGUGAGAAGCAGAAGCUCAAUCACAGAGCCGGUGUGACCAUUUGCACCUACAGCAUGGUUACGCAGAACACCAGGCGUGCGUACGAUAGCCAGCAGGUGAUGGAUUUCAUCAUGUCCCGCGAAUGGGGCUUGAUGGUUCUGGACGAGGUGCAUGUUGUACCGGCCGAGAUGUUCAGACGGGUCACCGAAAGGAUCAAGACGCAUUCCAAGCUCGGACUUACCGCCACGCUUCUUCGAGAGGACGACAAGAUCAAGGAUCUGAACUUCUUGAUUGGGCCCAAAUUGUACGAGGCCAACUGGCUGCAGCUGAGUGAGGAAGGCCACAUUGCUCGCGUGCAAUGUGCGGAGGUCUGGUGCCCGAUGACGACCGAAUUCUACAGCGAAUAUCUGCAAGCGAGAACCACCAACAAGCGGAGUCUGCUCUCCACCAUGAACCCUAGGAAGUUCCAGGCAUGCCAGUACCUGAUCGACUUCCACGAGAGGCGUGGAGACAAGAUUAUAGUCUUCUCCGACAACGUUUACGCCCUUGAGAAGUACGCCAAGGGAUUGCGGAAGCCUUACAUCUACGGCGAGACUGGCCAACGCGAGCGGGAAACCGUGUUGCAAAAUUUCCAGCAAAACGAUGCCGUGAGCACCAUCUUCUUGUCCAAAAUCGGCGACACGUCUCUCGACCUCCCCGAAGCGACGUGCUUGAUCCAAAUCUCCUCGCACUACGGGUCGCGAAGACAAGAAGCCCAACGCCUCGGCCGCAUUCUCCGCGCCAAGCGCCGCAACGACGAAGGCUUUAACGCAUUCUUCUACAGCCUCGUGAGCAAAGACACGAACGAAAUGUACUACAGCUCCAAGCGACAGGCCUUCCUCGUCGACCAGGGCUAUGCGUUCAAAGUCAUCACGCAGCUCAACGGGAUGGAGCGCAUGCCGGACCUGGCCUUCACGACGCACCAAGAGCGCAUGAAUCUGCUGACCGACGUCUUGCUGCAGAGCGAGACGGCGGGCGACGUGGAGGAUAUCAAGGACGAUCUGUUUAGUGACCGGAACGUCGCGCGCUCGCAGCAGCGGCGGAAGGGCAAUGGGGUCAAGCGGCAGGCGGGCACGCUGUCGAGUUUGGCUGGCGGGGAGAAUAUGGCGUAUAUGGAGUAUAGCAAGGGGAAUAGUCGCAACAAGGAGCUGGCGAAGCCGAGGAAUGCGUUUUUCCGGAAGGAGGAGAGGAACAAGGAGAGGAGGCAGAAGGCUGCGAGGGAGAUGCUGGAGUAGUGGAAGGGCAGGAUGAUGUUGGUAGGCUGCUGGGAUUGAUACUACUCAUUUUGGUACUCACUUCACUUGGAACAAGCCCGAUGCAACCUGCAGUGGUAACAACGGCAUC